AUGGCCAUGCCCUGGAUCUAUGCUAUUCGGAUCAUCCAGGCCAUUUUCGGUCUCAUUGUUCUUGCUUUAACAGCUUAUGUCAUCAGCACCUGGGAUUGGUGGGGUACAACCGAUACAGCGAACUUUCUCCUCUUCCUCGCCUGUUGGACCAUCUUAAUAGCAAUUCCCUACUUGGCGCUAGCUCCCACCCAUGCCCCACGCCUGGCCCAUCACAUGGUGAUCCCAGCAAUGGAAGUGAUCACGAUGAUCUUUUGGUUUGCAGGCUUUAUUGCGACCGCUGCGGAACUACCAGAUUCUCACGUUUGUACCUGGAGUGCCUGUCGCUCGCGCCAAGCUGCAACUGUAUUUGGUGCCUUUGAAUGGGUUCUUUUCGCCUUGACCACGUAUUUCGCUGUUGUCGAUUUCAUGAACGGUCGGAGAAGUGGUGAAACUGCUCAGAAGACACAGCACAAUGCCCAUCUGGGGGUUUGA